UGAACUCUCAAAAGUGCUACUCACUAGCUAAUUUAUAUUUUGAUUUUGCGUUUAUUAUUCAUAUCGUGUAAAGUGCAUAAAUUCAGUGGCAGAUUUUCCUUUAUUUAAAUUUUUCACGAGUAAUAUUUGAAAAUAAAAACUUUCAGAUAAAAAUGAAUAGUUCGAAAAGAAAUAUAGAUACAAACCAAAGUGCAAAUACUAAUUUCACGUUUUCAUUACCAAUUUCGACUUUUGAAAAUGUGAAUGCAAACGUUGCAACAGUUGAUAGGAAACGUAAAGCUACGUGGGAAGCUGGAGGACCUGCAAAAAAGAAGCGUACCCACUGUGACAUUCAAGCAAAAAGGCAGCUUUUCAAUACUAAAGCCAUUAAGAAGAAAAAAAAUAAUUCUAAUUUUACGGAGACUAAAAAAACGAAGGUAUUAUUCCAAAAAAUAAUAUAUCUUGAUGGUCAUGAAUUCUCAUCUACAAAUGCUGUCACUGAUUACCAAGUAAAUUACAGCGAGUUUCCAUCAAAAAGCGGCAGAACCGAUGACAAAUUCAAAGUUACUGUAUUAACUGAAAAUGAAACUCCGACUAAAAGAGUUGAAAAAACUAAAUGGAAGGUAUCAAAAAUACCACUCCAUUUCAAAGAAGCUCUAGCAAAUACAGUGAAAUCAUAAGCUCAUUUUGAUCUUUCUACAAACGACAACAUCAAUAAUAAUACCUUACCUUAUCCUGCAACCUUUAGUAUUGAUAUGACCAAAUCCAAGUGGAAGAUGAAUAGUUUCAACAAAGAAAAUUAUUAGCAGAUUCCGGGUGAUAAAAUAUGUUAUCGAAAGAAUGCAAUACAAGUUUUGUUUUAAUAAUUGAUGAAAUGAAAUCUUUUGUGAAGUGUAUGCUAAAUAAGCUAAAAAUUUUAUGUAAAAGCUUAAGCGUAAAAUUGUUUAGUAAUAUGAUGUUCGAAUAAUUUGAUGAUUUUUAUAAACGCAUGAAAUCUGU